AUGUCAGCGAUCACAAGACGUCAGUCUGAGGUGUCUCGUGAGAGUCCUCAGCCUGCACCUGCCCCGGGAAGCAUCACAGAUGGUCAUGCAGUCGGUCUCCAUGCACCCACGCUUGGCAUGAUCCUCGGCAUGACGCUUGGCGUGCUUGUCAUCGCACUCUCUUUUGCUUUCUGGAGAAUCAAAAAGACCCAGGGCUGGCUCGACCAGUCUGACCCGGCAUGGUCCUCACUCGGUCCUCGUGAGCCGGCAAGAGGUCCGGUACCGGUGGGACAUGCUCCUCACCCGUCUACGGCAAGCAGCAUCACAGCACUCACCAAUCUCGAAACAUCUCCUCCCAACAACGGCAGCCAAGCAAGCGAGACACAGCCACAAAGCUUCCGACAAAGACUCGCAUCCAAUGUACCAGCCUCACCAAGAACGCCUGGCUUCCUGCGCACUUUUCUGUGGGGUAGCACUGCACAAAUGUCGAGUACCGCCAGAACCAACGCUGCCGCGCAACAAGCUCGAGCUGGUUCGACCCAGGCCAAUCCGGACGCGCAGGCCAAUGCAAGCUCCCGGCGACCUCAGGGUCCGCGCGAACAGCGCAGAGGACGGCGACAGUCACGUUCCAGUACACGCACCGUCCCUCCCUAUUCCGAGAUUCCUGCCGAUGAAGAGAUGACGCUCGCUAAAGCUGCUUCGGACGGAAUGGGUUUCGAGGGUAUCGUUGAAGAAGCUUUGUCGCGCGGACAGUCCGCUGUGUCGCAGACAGAUCAUCGCGCCAGUCAAGCCUCGACCACGCUCUCUAUCAGGCCGCUAGGACGGCAUGGUCACGUCAGCAGUCACGUCCGGCAGUCUCAGACUACUGUGGGAGGUCAAACUGUCUAUCACGACGCCAACCUACCCGAUCUGCCUGACUUUCGGCCGGACGAGGACAUAGUCUCUCGUGGAACCUCACGCGGUCUAUCUGGCAUGACAGCGGCUCCCAACGAAGAUCCCACAAGACUUACUAUCCAUUCAGGCACAGCAGGCACUUUCUACGAAGAAGUGCGCUCGGCGCUUGCAGAAUUACCACCUGCCUACUUGCAUCCUGCUCGCGAUCAUUCAUCACCUGCGGCGAUCUUAAGCGAUCAGCCGCCCGCUCAUUGGCCGCUCGAUUCGGCAGGCGAUUCACGUACCUCAGGAAGUGACAGUGCUGCACAUGGGCAGUACCCCGGUGGCUAUCCAUUCGAUGGCUCGCGAUACCAUGUCCCAGAUUCUGCUCGGCCCUCGUGUGACGUGACAGACCAAGACCAUUCAAGAGAUCAUAUCAGCAUCACCGUACAUUCCACUCAGGCUGCACCAGGGAACGACCAAGUGAGAAGUUGGCUACCGCACCGAUGGCGCGCGUCUCCCACUAGCGAUACUACUCGUCUGACAUCUGUCGGUUCUCGUGCCACUUCUGCAAGUCCGGAAACGCUUCUGUUGCCUCUCAACCAGCCCGUAUCGGAUGCAAGGCCUCGUCACCGGUUCAACCCUUUUGCACGACAUAGCUAUCGCCACUCGACUCAUCUGGCGCCGACGAGCACGAGAAGCAGCGAUGGCUGCACAACGCUCACUUUAGUUGACUCGCGUACUUCCCAUCAGACUGGCCCGAGCGCACGACGCUAUACCGUCGGUGGAGCAUCUCCCUUGAGCACGACUGACGUCUCUGAGCCUUUACGAGACACACUUGUGCAUACGAAUUACAUCUAUCCGCGCAAUGGUCUGUCGCAAGCUCAGAUGCGCUUCCUCAACUCGCAGGAGCAUCUUGACCAGAUGCUUCUCCAGACCGACACAGACGUGCCUCCCUUCUCGCAUGCUUCCGAGGAAGAUCUGCUCACUUCCACGCGAUCUGUGGACGCCGAUUCGAGCCAGACCGUCCUCCCGUUCGCUCAAACUCGGGCACCUCAGGUGCACAUCUUCGAAGCCGAUCAUCCUGCGCAAGUCGACACGACCUCGCCCGAUCAGCAUUCUCCUGUCGAGCAGCUCGUAUCGCCGGACGCUCUGUCUCCUAGCGCAGCACGCAUGUCGGUAUCUUGUGAGCCUGGUGGAUCUAGUUUGCACGAUGAAACCCCGGGCUUGACCGUUCAGAUCCGCGUCAGCUCGCCUGUCAGGUCAUCAACGCAAGAUGAUAGAUUGCUGCGCGGUCGUCACUCCCGCAGCACGAUUGAGAUCAGACCACGAGAAAUGCGUAUCUCGUUGCCUUGGUCAUCAGCGACGGUCGAGAUGUCACAUAUGGGCUAG